AAUAAUUCGAACCAAUUUGACUUGCUUGAUAUGCCACCCUCUAGAUUUAAAAUAUUGGAAUUUUAAAAGCUGGAACCUACAUGUGAUGACUAAUGUGCACAGAACUUAUUUACUUUGAUGUUGUCAACUUCCCUUAACGCUUAUUGGACCCCUUUAAUUUCCGUGACUUAGAAGUUGAGGUAAACGAAACUAGUAUUUAUUUACGCGCUCUGGUGUAUCUGUUCAAUUCCAACCAUGGCACCGCAGCUAGGUUAUUGGAAAAUAAAGGGCGUAAGUUUUCUUCUCCUUCUGACAAACGCUUACUGCAUGUUUAUAUGUCAGCCGUUUUCUUUCAUGAAACAUUUUAGACGCCUACGUACGUGGGUAGUAGUUACCAUAAUGUAUUGUCGAAAUAACUUCAUAUCUUGAAAUCAUUCCUGCUUCUGUUGGUUCUUGUAAUAGUGUAGUGCAGUUAGCUCCUCGAAUAUCUGUUGGUGAGGCUUCCUGGUUGGAGGCGAGUUGUUUAUGGAGUCAGUGCAACUUGUGCAAUCAAUCCGGCUUCUUUUGGAAUAUCUUGGCGAUGAAUACGAAGAACGUUUAUAUGGUCGCGAUGACGGAGAAAAAUGGCAGAAAGAAAAGUUUAGCUUGGGUCUGGAAUUUCCUAAUCUUCCAUAUUAUAUCGACGGUGAUGUCAAACUGACUCAAUCUCUAGCUAUCAUACGCUAUGUAGCUGACAAGCACAAUAUGUUGGGUAGUUCUCCGGAAGAACGUGCGCAAAUAUCGAUGUUUGAAGGAGCCGUAAUGGAUAUUAGGAGUGGUGUUUCGAGAAUCGCCUACAACAAAGAAUAUGAAACUCUCAAAGUCGACUUUCUUAACAGACUUCCAGGAAUGCUGAAGAUGUUUGACGACCGUUUGUUGAAUAGAAAUUAUCUAAACGGAGGUUCUAUAACUCAUCCUGACUUUAUGUUGUAUGAUGCUCUUGAUGUGGUUUUAUACAUGGAUAAGAGUUGCCUGGAUAAGUUCCCAAGGCUAGUGGAGUUUAAAAAACGUAUUGAGAAUUUGCCCAAGAUUAAAGCCUAUAUGGAGUCGGACAGAUACAUCAAGUGGCCCCUUCAAGGUUGGUCGGCUACGUUUGGUGGCGGAGAUGCCCCACCAAAGUAAAUGUGGCAAACUUCUUUAAGUUGCAAGUGAAUACAUUGUUAACUGACAUUUCCCACUUGUGUAAUACGCAGUAUCGACAAGAUUCUGUCACUAUAUUCAUUUUUCUAAUAAAAUAUCACUAAGUAAAAUCUGCAUACAUUUGUAAAA